AUGUCGGAGAAUCAGAACUGCGCGAGAAUGACGAGAGCGGCGGCGAAACGAAAAGCUUCGUCCAUGGCGAUGUCGACCACCGACGACGACCGAGUUAGUAAGAAGAGAGUAGUUCUGGGAGAGCUUCCGAACAUGUCCAAUGUCCUUGUUCCAGUGAUGAAUCCCAAUCAGGAAAGAGAGACCCAGAAGCUUAAAACCAUCGUUAAUGCCGCCGCGAAGAAGCAAGUAAAGAAGGCUCUGAUUCCUGUGCCGGUUGUUCCACCGACCGUAGACUUCGAAUCUCGAUCUGUUGAUGAUCCCCAGAUGUGUGGACCUUAUGCCACCGACAUCUGCUCGUAUCUCCGUGAAAUGGAGGGGAAGCUGAAACAUAGACCACUGCCUGAUUAUAUUGAGAAGGUUCAGAAUGAUCUAACGCCGAAUAUGAGAGGGGUUUUGGUGGAUUGGUUAGUGGAGGUUGCUGAAGAGUACAACCUUGAGUCUGACACACUCUAUCUUACCGUCUCCUAUGUCGAUAGAUUCUUGUCGUUAAAGCCGAUUAACAGGCAGAGGUUACAGCUUGUGGGAGUUUCUGCGAUGCUUAUUGCUUCGAAAUAUGAAGAGAUAAGUCCUCCUAAAGUGGAAGAUUUUUGUUACAUCACUGAUAAUACAUUCACGAAACAAGAAGUAGUGAAGAUGGAGGCAGAUAUACUUCUUGCUCUGCAGUUUGAGUUAGGAAGUCCCACCAUCAGAACAUUCCUAAGACGGUUCACAAGGGUUGCGCAAGAAGAUUUCGAAGAUUCACAUUUGCAGAUAGAGUUCCUUUGUUGUUAUCUAUCAGAAUUGAGUAUGUUAGAUUAUAGCUGCGUCAAGUUUUUGCCAUCUCUGUUGGCAGCUUCCGCUAUUUUUCUUGCCCGAUUCAUCAUCCGUCCGAAACAACAUCCUUGGAAUCAAACGUUAGAAGAAUACACAAAGUACAAAGCUUCUGAUAUGCAAGUAUGUGUGUGUAUCAUACAUGACUUGUACCUAAGUAGAAGAGGAAAUGGUCUAGAAGCUGUUAGAAACAAAUACAAGCAGCAUAAGUACAAGUGCGUUGCGACCACGCCUGUUUCACCGGAGUUGCCUCUAGCCUUCUUUGAGGAUGUUACCAUUAGAGAGAAGGUGCAAGGAGCUUGA